AUGAAGAGGUUGAUGAGUCUGGAGAUGAGGGUCCUGACGAUGCCACGGAGAGCCGCCCAGCUGCACGCAGUGCCGGAGAUGGCAGCCCGCCACCGAAACGCCCCGCCUGGGGAUGAAGGAGCCGCGUCGUUGGGUGGUCCCAGUCUGCGGGUGCCUACGCAGCGCAGCCCUUUACCGGCUCUUUGCCAUGCCAUGUCGCGCACGUCCAGCUGCCCUCCCGCUUUGGCCUGCAGUGCCACGGUUCGUCUCGCGCGCCACGGCCUCGUCAGUCCCGACCACAUGGCCCCCGACAAGGGCUGCUUCCCGUGGCCGAGCCGACACAUGCGCGCGGGUGGCGGGUGGCGGGUGGCGGCAUGGCAGCAGCAUCUGGAGCAAAGACGCCCGCCCAACUCCCUGGGCCUGCUUUAG